UUCAGCUGUCGUACGAUUCGCAUCGUAGCUCGAUUGUCACUCGAUUAAAUCAAGGAUGUCUGGACGUGGCAAAGGUGGCAAGGUUAAAGGCAAGUCCAAGAGCCGUUCCAAUCGAGCUGGAUUGCAGUUUCCCGUUGGCCGUAUUCAUCGAUUGUUGCGGAAGGGAAAUUAUGCUGAACGCGUAGGUGCCGGUGCACCGGUAUAUUUGGCCGCUGUAAUGGAAUACCUCGCUGCUGAGGUGUUGGAGUUGGCUGGUAACGCAGCUCGUGAUAACAAGAAGACCAGGAUCAUUCCGAGACAUUUGCAACUCGCCAUCCGCAAUGACGAAGAGCUGAACAAACUGCUCUCAGGCGUCACCAUCGCCCAAGGAGGUGUGUUGCCCAACAUUCAAGCAGUGUUGUUGCCGAAAAAGACCGAGAAGAAAGCAUAAUUAUAAAUUGACACAUACAUCGAAAAACACCAACCUUUGGUUGGCAGCAAAACAAAUGGCCCUUUUCAGG